UUCUGAGAAAUUUCACGUCGAAGUUUUGUGGAACAUUUUUAAAUCCCAUUUAAACACGGUUGAGUUUUUUUCAAUUCUAAAAACGCCCAAGUGGACCUAGCAUGAUGCUUUUUAAGUGUAUUUAACAGGAAUAAUCAAAAGUCUAGUUUAAACUGAUUUCUGAAGAAAUUUGUUUCAUACGACCUAUGAGUGCACAUAGGACACGUUUUAUAGGUCAAAUUUUGCACAUAGGACUUAACACAUUGGACCAAACUCGUGUAGUAUUGCACAUUGGACUUUUCAAGAUUAAAUUUAAAUCCUGAUUAAAAAAUAACAACUUUUUUCAAAUAAAUAUGAUCACCCAAUCCUCACGCAACGUGUAGGUAACAGCUGAUUGAUAGUAUGAAAUGUUUCAAUGCUUCCAGUGCGAAAGAGAGAAACCGUUAGGACAGAAAAACAACCAAUCAGCGCUCUCGUCUGCAUCUGUCAGAUAGGUGCUGACAAAUCAACCUAUACGACAAUGUAAACAUUCUUUGCCUGGGUGCGGAUAGAACUUUUAAUAUUGUUCAAGCUUUUGAAUGUUUUUUUAGAUUAUUUUCCAAUGUGGGGCUAGAUUCUUGUUGCAGAGUGAUAAAUUAGAGUUCAGGUGCUGGCCGGAACGAGAAGACGAGCUGGGGACUGCAGGAGUGUAAAAAGAAAAUGAGCAAGCAACCACUUGGCUGUCGCUGGUGUCCUGAAGGCGGUUCGCUGUGGCAGUUCAGUGGGUAGAGACUCACUCGUCGUCAGUAGUGAUGGAAGUUGCAUCAGUAGUAAGAAGGACAAGCACCGGUCGAAUGGCGAGUGGUACGAGAAUAAAGGCCGGAAUCGGCACUCGAUCCGCGAUCCAGGGAAAAGGACCGUCAUCGGUACAAGCACAGAUCUUCGUCGGGUAAAUCGUCGAGUUCGCUGUCCUCGAAGCACCACCGUAAGGAACGCCACCGAAAGCUGUCCCACUCUUCGUCGUCCUCGGAUCGGUAUCCGCACAGUGGAGCAAUUAGCAGGCGAGAAUCGAUCGCGAGUGUUACGGAGGACUGUCUGCGGCAUCGUAAGCGUUCCAGCUCCGGUGGUUCCGCCCGAAGAAGAUUAAGUGUUAAGUUUGACCAACAUUUUUUUUGCCAAAUUUGGUAUUGUUAGUUUAAAAAGAUGUAAAAAUUUUAUUUCGGUAGUUACUAAAUAUAACAGAAAAAGAAACAGAUUUGGGAACAUAGAAUCAAUAAUUAUUGAGAAAGGAUUUAUUGAGGAGCGAUUUGCGAACGGGAAGGUUCCCUUGAAUGAUUCCUUGACCCUUAAUCUGGACCAAGGUCACACGCUCUCCUGCCGAUACCUGAUCAACCCGUCGACCUCCAGCGAGUUCAUGUACAAGGUCCAACGUCAGCGCAAGAUUUGGUGGAUGCGGUACGUGUGCGAUCCGGGCCGGUUCUUCAUUUCGGACCCCCGCCAGGACGCGGACACGCGCGUUUAAUCCGUCGCCAUCAAGAGUCGCCUUGGCGGAGAGGAACUCACGCUGGAACAGCUGGAACUCUUUCCGGCGGACGCCGCCGCCCUCGAGGAAGACCUGGGGGACUUUCGAAUCAAGGUGGGCCGAACCAGCAGUAAAAGGAUUCGGCCCAGUAUGCUGCGGCUGCGUCAGUGCGUCGAAGUGGCCACGCUGCAGAUCGUGCUGGAUGCGUUUGAAAGUGGCGGCGAUGCAAGCGUGAGGGUUCACCGCAAGCUGACGCCGUUCAAGUGUGGCAUCGUGUGUCUUUCCGACAGUAAGUACUGCGUUCUUGUUUCUGAUUUGAGUUGUAACUGUCUUUCUCGCUUUCCAGACCCCGCCCUGUUGCCGGAGUUGCGUGACCAGGCCAAACACCUGUGCAACGUGCUGCGCAAAGCGAACCUUCCCGUGCUCGACUGCUCCGAGCGUAACGGCGGUCGUUCCCUGGCCAAACAGCUGCACCACCUCGACUCGAUAGCCGUCCCGUACUGAAUGCUGCUGCGCGACCAGUGUCUCCAGAAUGGCCUCUUUCAGCUGCGGUCCCGCGACACCACCCUCAGCGAAACGAUUCACAUCUCGGAUUUACCGCAAUAUUUAUUGAAAAUAGUAACAAGUUGAGUUUAAUAAAUACAAACACACGCAAGCGCAAGCUUAGAAGAAA